AAUUUUUUAUUUGUUGUGACAAAACUCGCAUUCAAGAACAGUCUUGUACUAUUUUGAUGAAAACAAUGAACAGUCAAGAGCAACAUUCUUUAACAACACAAGGAGUCUUAGACAUUUGUUACUGCAUUGUUUUAAUAAAAGACAAAACAAUUGAAUGCAUUAAAAUCUGUUUAUAAAUUAUAAUAUAAUAUAAUCUGUCGUUGCUAUUUUGUCAACAAUUCCCUUAUGUUUUCGUGAAUUUUUUAGUAUUUUGAAAUUAUGAAAUAAAAAAAUCAUAAACCACAGCUAGAUGGUACUAUUACGUCUCUAUAUCAUUAACGCGUCACAUUGCUAACUUUGGACGUUUGUCUUGCAUAUGGUGGAUGUGCUUUUAUUUUGAAGUGAAAAACAGGAAGUUCUGAAAGUUUGAUAGCAUUUCACUUCCGAGAUGUUCUUGUUUUGUUACGUCAUUAUUAACAGACCGACAGAGAGAAGUUGGGUCAUUUUUGGUUGUUAUUAAGCGCUUUUUAAUAUUUGCAGUAAAUUGUAAAGGUGUAGCAAUAAAAUACCUCAGAUAUAAUGUAUUUCAGACGUUUUGAAUAUCGUGUAUUGAUCUUUGAACCGGCACUGGUUUGUUAGGCACGAGAUGGUUCCAGUGGAAUCCAGAGGAUCUAAGAACUCAAGUUAGCUACGACAAAUACAAGGAAGAAUUAUGGCAUCACCACAGAUAAAGGAGCGUCCAUCAUGUGUUGUGUUAAACACAAUAUCAAAAGCAGCAUCUCCAGAAUCAAAGUGCCCAAUAUGCCUGGAUCACUUUAAAAACAUAUCAUAUCUUGAUGUGUGCCUACAUAAGUUUUGCUUCUGCUGCAUUCAUGAGUGGUCAAAGAAUAAAGCAGAAUGCCCCUUAUGCAAGCAGCCAUUUAAUUCUAUUUAUCACACCAUUAAAUCUGAAGAUAACUACAAGAGGUUUGACCUGCGACCAACUGAAAAUGGCUCAUUUGGCAACAUGGCAGGGCAAAGAUUCAGGUAUCGCACCACACUUACAGGCGACCGAAGACCAGCACCGAGGAGAACGUCUCCCCCUCCUGACCAUGGUGUCAUAUUUGAGGGCCUGAGAGGAUCUGUACCACAGCGACACAACAGAGAUCUCCAUAGCAUGAUAAGGAGGAUGGCAGUAAGGCAAAGAAGAGAGAGUGAGGGCAGGUCGGUGCAAAGCCUUCAUGAACAAGAAGUGGUUAAAUUCAGACGAGCUUUGUACAGAAGAGGAGUGCGAGUCCAAAGCGUGCAGGAUGGUGGCCGUAUCAGGGAGACCUCUGCAGAGUUCUUUAAAAGAAAUCCUGCUUGUCUCCACAGGCUUGUACCUUGGUUGAGACGAGAGUUGACUGUUCUGUACGGCACCCAUGGUUCCCUUGUCAAUAUAGUGCAGCACAUCAUCAUGACUCUGAUCACUCGACAUAACUUGGAUGACCAGGCUGUUCUACAUGAGCUUCGUCCCUUCUUACUGUCCCACACGGAGCACUUCCUGCAUGAGUUUCUUAGCUUUGCUCAGUCCCCGUUCAACAUGGAGGCAUAUGACCAGCGUGCUGUUUAUGACUUGCCUCGGCCCUCCGGAGAGAGUAGCAGUUCAGAUACAUCUGUGAUUGCCAUUUCUGAGGAUGAGAGUGAUUCUUUAGUGUCAGGAGCCCAGGAUUAUGCCACUCCUAGGGUGACCUUAAGCCAAAUAGCAUGGGAUGAUGAGACCCCAGGGCCAUCCUACUCUUCAGAGCCAUCUCAGGUAUUACCUUUCCACGUGAGGGAUUCAGACUCUGAUAGUAGUGUAGGGGAAGCAGUAGCAUCUGUUACUGCUGUACCACAUCAGGACCGUCCAGCAAAUACUGCCACUAUUGCAGUGGAAGAGGAGGAUUCCCCUGGCAGUGAUGACGACUGCUUUAUUAUUGGCUAUGUUAAGCCAGUGGCAGAAAGAACACCAGAACUGGUCCAGCUUUCUUCUGAUUCCGAACAUUCUGAGCAGAAUGCAGAGCUGCAAAGCCCUCGAGCAUCCCAACACAUUCGUUUUACUUCAGAGUCUGAUUUGUCACCCACUGUCACUCAGAGACCCUUGGUGAGGCCAACAAGGUGCUCUCGCUCACCUGAUGACACCACUACACACCUUAGAAAAGAAGAUAAAUAUGGUAAAAGGCAUCAUGAAAGGGAGUUGUCGGGAUCUAGAGAAGGAUCCUCACACAGCAACAGGACACACUCUUCCUCUUGUAGCAGGAAGCACCCAUUGUCUAAAGAGAGCAAGCAUAAGUGGAACCAAGGAAAGGAGACAAGUCGCCACAGCUCUUCUUAUUGGCAUUCAUAUAGCCAUUAUAGUCAGCAAGGCAGCAGCAGGAGAUGUUAUACAGAGACAAGCUCAUCCUACACCAGCUACUACAGAAGUGUAUAUGAUCGCUCUCAUUCUCGAUCACACAGAAGAAGGCGAAGCAGGGACCGUGAGGACAGAAGUAACUCAAGGAGCACUUCCAGAAUCAAGUCCAGCUCCUCUAGCUGUCACGAAAGAAGACACUCAAGGAGCAAUUCUAAAACCAACUCUUCACACCGUCGUCACAGAAGUCACUCUGAGAGCCAUUCUAGAAUCAAGUCUUUCAAUCAUCAGGAAAGAAGCCGCUCAAGGAGCAGUUCUAGAAUCAAGUCCAGCUCCUCCAAUUGUCAGGACAGAAGUUACUCAAAGAGCAGUUCAAGAUACAACUUCUCCAAUCGUGACGUCAAAAGCCGCUCAAGGAGCAAUUCUAGAAUCAACUCUUCCAACUGUCAGGAUAGAAGUCGCUCAAGGAGCAAUUCUAGAAUCAACUCCAACUCCUCACAUCAGACAUCACUGCAUGAUGAAUAUGGCAGGAAAAGGAAGUACAAAACAAAGCAUUAUGAGGAACCCUCAAGGAAGAGUCCUAGUAAGUUGUUUGCCGAUUCUGCUGAAGAAGGUGGGAAAAAGAAAAACAAGAAGCAUCACAAAAGGUUCAAGAGGAAAAGUAGGAGUCCAAGUGUAGAUGACAAAUCUGAGGGUCACAGUAGGAAACAUCACAAGAAGAAGAAAAAGAAACACAAGAAGAAGAGCAAGAGACAUAAUAGUGAGGGGAGGGUGGGAAAGCAUAGCCCUGUUCUCAUUACAAUAAAUAGUGACAGUGACAAUGCUGACCCUAGUGAACCUUCAACAAGUAAUGUCUGUGCAGCUAGCUCCACUUUUACAAUAGCAAACAGUGCUACAGAAACUCAGCUGCUCCAGUCCAGUUUCCUAGACAUGGAGCAACAGUCAACUACUGGAACUGAAUAUAGUUCAGUGGGUGAUGCAGGGAAUCACAUCCAGACUGAUUAACGCCAAUGCCUUCGUGAUUUUGUAUGUUCAGUUUAACUGAUAUUGAACUCCUCAAUUUGUGGCAAAUAAAGAUUAGCAAAGGACUAUUGUUGCAACGCCCAAAUGUUUUAUAAAUGAGCUUUGAUGAGGGGAUGAGUUUUAAAUGUGAUGAUUUUGAUUUGGGGUUCUUUUUUUUCUUUUGUAUAAUUGUAUAGGAUAAAUGUUCAUGUACAUUUGUAAUUUUGAAAAUGUAUUAAUUUCAAACUCACCUAUGCAAGCAAGUUGAGUCAAUUUUCAAGGUUUAGUGUUCUUUUUUUAUUUAUCUCAAAUAAAUCGAAAAGAAUCAUAAAA